AUGGCACUGAGAUCAAGUCUUCUAUGGUUCGCCGGCCUCGUUGCCAACGUCGCCGCAGCAGACGUCGAUGCAUUCAUUUCCCAGCAAAGGGACAUCGCUCUCAAAGGGGCUCUGAACAACAUCGGUCCGAAUGGCUCUCAGGUCCAAGGCGCCAGCGCUGGCAUCGUCGUGGCCAGUCCAUCCAAGAAUGACCCUGACUAUUUCUACACCUGGACGCGUGAUGCCGCGUUGACAAUGAAGGUGAUCGUCGAUGAGUUCAUAUUUGGUCGCAAGGAGCUCCAGGUCUACCUCGAAGACUACUACCGCUCUCAGGCUGUUUUGCAGACCAUCACGAACCCCUCGGGAUCCUUUUUACCGUCUGGACGUGGCCUCGGCGAAGCCAAGUAUACUGUCGACGGCUCGCGCUUCAACGGCGCAUGGGGUCGCCCGCAGAGAGACGGCCCGGCGUUGCGUGCCAUUACUCUCAUCACCUACUCCCGCUGGCUCGCAGAGAACGGCGAGCAAGCCAAAGCCAAAAAUGUCAUCUGGCCCAUCAUUGCCAAUGACUUGUCCUACACCGGCCAGUACUGGAACUCGACAGGCUUCGACCUCUGGGAAGAGGUCUCUGGCUCUAGCUUCUUCACAACUCAGAACCAGUACCGUGCCCUUGCUGAGGGUGCAGCCCUUGCGCAGUCUCUCGGUGUGAAGUGCACGGGGUGUGAGUUGGCACCCGACGUCUUGUGCUUCCUUCAGACGUUCUGGAACAGCAACGACGGUUACUACACCGCCAAUAUCAAUACCCAAACUGAGCGCUCGGGCAAGGACGCAAACGUUAUGCUUGGCUCUAUUGCUGUCUUUGACGUGACUGCCAGCUGCGAAGACCCGUCCAUUCAGCCAUGCCACAGCCAAUCUUUGAGCAACUUCAAGGUCUGGGUCGACUCUUUCCGCAACGCCAGUCUCUACCCCAUCAACAAAGGUAUUGCCCCAAACAAGGGCAUUGCUCUUGGUCGCUACUCCGAGGACGUUUACUUUGAUGGAAACCCUUGGUACCUCAUUACCAUCGGUGCCGCCGAGUUUCUUUACGAUGUGGUGGCCCAGUGGAAUGCGCAGGGACAGAUUAAGGUUGAUGCGACGUCGCGACCCUUCUUCGCCGACUUGUACCCACCUGUCAAGGAGGGAACCUACCAAAGGAGCAGCAACAUCUCCGGCGCCUACGCUAGUAUCACCGGCGCCGUCAAGGCAUACGCCGAUUCCUUCAUCGAAAUCGCACAAAAGUACACGCCCGCCAACGGCUCUCUCGCCGAGCAGUUCAACAAAAUCACGGGCACCCCACUCUCGGCACGAGAUCUCACAUGGUCCUAUGCAUCUUUCGUCACUAUGGCCGAGCGCCGCGCCGGCCUUUACCCUUCUAGCUGGGUGCCCGCCUCUUCUGAAGUACCAGCUGCCUGCGCCGCCACCUCGGUAACAGGCCUUUACGUCCCCGCCAUUGCUGCCGGCGCCCCCAAUGUGACAGGCUCUUGCACCAUCGCUGUGUCCUUCCUCGUUAAUGCCACGACCUACUAUGGCGAGGAACUCUACGUUCUUGGUAACAUCGCCGAUCUCGGCUCCUGGAAUGUGGAGAACGCGCAGCCCAUGACGGCGUCCGGCUAUACAGCCGAACGGCCGUUGUGGAACGUCGACGUCGAGCUGCCUGGUGGCCAGAACAUUACAUACCUCUACGUCAGGCGUCAGAACUGCAACCAGGGCUACAUCUACGAGGAGAGGAACCGCACACUGGCGGUUCCUCCUUGCAAUUCGACACAGAACCUGGUGGUAGACGACACUUGGACGGGGCGCCAGGGAACGAGUGGUAGUUGCUAG